AUGGAGCGACUCUUCUCCUUUAAUUCCAUACGGCCGGAAUCGAAACUCUAUAUUUCGGAAUUCUAUUUGGCAGGAGAACCCUUGCAAUUCUUGUAUGGGUUGCUUUCUAUUUCCCAAUUAUCGACUUGGGAAAGGUUCGCCGAGCAACUGGAGCUUAGAUUCGGUAAGGUCUUUCGACCGAUGAUGGUGGUCGGCUCUUGGGAGGCAACGCCGAUGAAUUCUUCAGUCGAAGAAGAAGCUAAGCCGCCAGAGGAGAAGCCAACCGAAGUUUUGGCAGCUGCAGUUCGAGAUUCUGACCAUGAAGACCUAGAAUCCGAUGGUCAUAAAGCGGCAAAAUCCGAAGUGACAUCAACGUCUGAGGUGCAGCAGUUUAUUGAAACAGAACAUGCUCUAGUGGCAGAAUUCACUGCUUUGUCAUAUCACCAAGAAGAUGAAGGCAAUCCCUACAACCUUCAAAAAAGUGAUGAACUGGAUGAUGGUAUUGUAGUUUUGGAUGGUCCUUAUAGCAAUACGGAGAGUAUGGGGCAGGAAUCAUUCGAACUUUUGGUUGAUGAUGAACUGUUGAAUCGUGUUGAUGAUAACAUUACAUCUUUAGAGACUUUGGUUGAUGCUCCUAUGAUUUGCAAUGAAAUGGGUGAAUUUGUGCAUUCUUGUGAUAUUGAAAAAUCCUUUCAUGUGGAUCCGGGGGGAAAUGAGUGCCCUGUUGACGUUGUAGUGACAAAUGAGCUUAUGUAUUCUGAUGAUGAGCGUUCGCUUGCUGAUGAUUGGUUGUCAAAUAGUCUGUUUAACCCCUUUGAAGGUUGUUCUGGAUUGCUAUGUUGUAUUAUUAAAGAAGCAGAAACGUUGAAGGUGUUUGAUUAUGCUAGAGGACGUAAAUGUUGGUCUGAGUUAGUAACCAGUUUUAGAGGAAGUACUAGUACACUAAUUCUGCAAAAUUCAAGUGGGAUAAGUGCAAGUGUCCCAAACUUUGAUUGUGAAUGUAUGAUUGUUGAUGCCUGUUUGAAGAACUUGGCUAAUAUCUCUACAUGUCUGAAUGAGGAAAAUGAUAAUGCCAUAGUUGCUCUGGAUGGUUGUGAUGGCGCUCUUGAUCUCACUGUUUGGUUUGAGUAUUUGAGUUCUGCCUGUGUGGUUGCUGAUGGAAAUGGAUCAAUGACCCUCAAUCCUAUGGCUGGUAAGGGUGCUCUAAAGAUAAUUAUAAGAAGACUUCUCAAAAAUGAUGACAUUUCCAAAAAUGAUAAUGAUGGAAAUGGAUCAAUGACCCUCAAUCCUAUGGCUGAAGAACCAGAAGAAGAAGAGCAUGAACAAGAUACUAUAGAUACAUCUUCCAAUGGAGAGGUUCAUGUUCGUCUUUCGGAAGAAUUUGACGAGUUUCCUUGUGAUGAUGAAUUUGAAGAGGAGUUGUGCAUCAAAAUUAAUGAAUCUACACUUCAAGGUAUACCUACUCCUUCAUGUACUUUUAGACAUGUUAAAAGUGAUAAAUUUAUCAUAGAUUUUGGAAUUAGUGUUAUUAUCAUUCCUCAGUCUGUGUUUAAGUUCUUGAAACUUGUGUCAUUGAAUGAAACUGAUGAAGUUAUAAAACUUGUUGAUGAGUCUUGUGCUAGUCUUGUGUGUGCUGAAGAUGGUUUACCACAAGGUCGAAAUCCAGAAAAAACUCCGAUGGUUAAAGAAAAUUCUCAGGUUCCUACGGUGGUACAACAGACUGAGGUGCUAACAAUUCCGUCAAGUUCAGUGAGAGCACCGCCCAAGCCGACAACAGAGAAUGGAAUCUUGUCGACUCCUAGUGGCGAAACCGGCGUACCGAUACAAGUAGAUAAAGAGCCAAUCAACACAGUUCCGGUGAACAAGAGUAUUGAAAUUUGUACUGUGGAGGCAACGGUUGACAAGCAGAGAGCGCAAUCAGGGUACAUGUGGUACCAGCAGCCGCGUCUAGACCUGCGGGAAUUCUCAGGUGACGAUCCUCAAGGGUGGCUGAGGAAAUGCCAGAAAUAUUUUCAGUUGCACCGAAUUUCGGAGGCUGAAAAACUGGAAUCCAUUGAACUCUUCCUUGAUGGAAAAGCAGACACAUGGUACCAAGGUAUCAAGGCCUCUAUUGGUAAGCUUUCGAGGUCUGAUUUUUCUGAGCUUUUAAUUCAACGUUUUGGUGGUAAUAGAGGGGACCAGAAUGGUACAAGAAACAGUAAUGGAGGGAUUCGUAGUAACGCUGGUAAGUCUGUUAAAGGUAAUGAGGACAAAGAGAAUACGCCAGUAGCCGGAAAUGGUAGUGUGGUUAAGACCAAUGGAAAUAAAGGUUUUGGUAACAAAUAUGUGAAGAAGUUAUUGCCUCAGGAAUAUCAAUACCGGGUCGCUCUUCGGGAGUUUAGUCCGAUCCUAAAAGACUUCCCAACGAACCUGCAAGAUUUUCAGGAGUUGGCGUUGCUCUACGACAACCCUAAAGGAGGCUAUAAGCUCUUUGCAACACCAGCAAUGAAGCGGUCAGCUUCCCUACAUUGUGCUCCAUCAAUGGCUCUAAUGCAAGUUGAAUCAUUUGUCGAGGAUGGUACGAGUAACCAAUGUAAGUUCGGCGACAAGAAGAAAGGACUCAAUGGGGUUUCAGAACCAACGAAGGAAGAAAUUGCAAACUGA